AUGAAGGCCACACAAACUUUAAGAAGAGUUUUGUCUAACUCCAAUGCCAUGAAGAGUUUGAUCAAUCAAAAGAAUGCUUCUUCCAUGAUGAUCAAUCGUGGUGCCAGUGUUUUGAAGAUGACCGAAUCUUCAACAUCAUCAAAGGCUAACUUCUCCACAAGAGCCAUGUUCCAUGCUUCUGCUCAACCUAACGCUACUGAAAUGUUCUGUUAUCAAUGUGAACAAACACAAAAUGGUACUGGUUGUACCACUGUUGGUGUGUGCGGUAAGACUCCAUCUGUUGCUGCUUUGCAAGACUUGCUCAUUUACCAAACUCGUCAACUCUGUGUCUUGGCUCACUUUGCUAGAGCUAACAUCAAGGACGUCUCUCAAUUCGAAAAGAUUGAUGAUUUUGUAUUGAGAGCCAUGUAUAGUACUUUGACCAAUGUCAACUUUGACGAAAUGAGAUUUGUUGAAUUCUUGAAGGAAUGCUCUGAAUUGACUCAAUUCGCCAAGAAGGAAUUAUUGAAAGGAAAAGUGCCAACUGAAUUCAGUGAAUUGAUGACUGUUACCAGCACUGAUGCCGAAAUGGAUCGUAUCUUGUCUUCUGCAUCCUCUGUCUCUAGUCCAAGCACUCAACAACUCAUUGAAAUGGGUAAGACUGUUGGCGUUCAAGCACACCACAAGCACUAUGGUGUUGACACCAAUGCUAUUCGUGAAUUGUUGCAAUAUGGUAUUAAGGGAUUGUGUGCUUACACUGAGGAAGCUGCUCUCUUGGGUAAGAAAGAUAUCGCUGUCAACGAUUUUAUUCGUGAAGCAAUGUGCUUCUUGGGAGGUGUUAGUCCAGACGGAAAGCUUGAUCCUUCUCAAGUCGGUGACGCUCUCACCCUCGGUUUGAAGUGUGGUGCCAUUAACGUUAGAACCAUGCAAUUGCUCGAUGAAGGUGGUAAUGAAAAGUUUGGUACUCCUUCACCACACAAGGUUCGUUGCACUCCAGUUCCAGGCAAGUCCAUUGUUGUCUCUGGUCACGAUAUGGGUGAUUUGCUUGCCAUUUUGAAGCAAACUGAAGGAAAGGGUAUCAAUGUGUAUACUCACGGAGAGUUGUUGCCAGCUCAUGGUUAUCCAGAAUUGAGAAAGUACAAACACUUGGUUGGUAACUAUGGUGGUGCUUGGCAAAACCAAAAGAUGGAAUUCUCGACCUUUAAGGGAGCCAUUGUUAUGACAACCAACUGUAUUAUUGAACCUCGUAAGCAAUACAAGGACAGAAUCUUCACAACCUCUGUGGUCGGAUGGCCAGGUGUCACUCACAUCAAGAACAGAGACUUUACACCAGUAAUUGAAAAGGCAUUGGCUGAACCAGGAUUCCCAGAUGAAGUUGCUAACGAACCAGUUCAAUACACAACCACUGGUUUCGGUCACAAGACUGUCUUGGGUAUUGCCGACAUUGUUAUCAACGCUGUUAAGAGAGGUGACAUUAAGCGAUUCUUCUUGAUUGGUGGUUGUGACGGUACUGAAGGUGAAAGAAGCUACUACAAGUCCAUUGCUACCUCACUUCCAAAGGAUAAUGUCAUUUUGACUUUGGGAUGUGCCAAGUACAGAUUCAAUAAGAUUGAUUUUGGUACUAUCACUACUAAGGAUCCAAAGUCCAACAAUGACGUUUCUCUUCCUCGUCUCCUUGACGUUGGUCAAUGUAACGAUGCUUAUAGCGCAGUCGUUAUUGCCUCUGCUUUGGCUGAAGCUUUCGGAACUAAGGAUUUGAACGAUUUACCACUUAACUUUGUCAUCUCAUGGUUCGAACAAAAGGCUGUUGUUAUCUUCUUGACAAUGCUUCACUUGGGUUUGAAGAAUGUCAGAAUUGGUCCAAACCUUCCUGCAUUCCUCCCUCCUUCUACAAUUCAAAUGCUUGUUGAAACAUUCAAGCUGCAUCCAAUCAUGUCUAAGGAUCCACUCACUGAUUUGGAACUCAUGCAAAAGGGUCAAUAA